CGAGCGCAGAGUCCAUACGUGCGCGAGACUUUCCUCUAGUACUAGGGGUUGGAGAAAGGCUAGAGUUUGCCACUGGCUCAAACCUUGGGCAAGGUAUGGUUGGACCUUCUGGCUAGCAUCGUCGUCUGGUUUUCGCUCCCAGGACAAUUUUUUAUGCGCCGUUGGUAGGAGUCGCCGGCGGAGCCUUCAACAGACUCCAGUUUCCGUGAACGGCUUGCCGCGACCAUCGCGGCGAGAUGGAGCGCGCAGGCCUUCAGCUCGGCGCGCUGCUCUUGCUGAUGUGUCUCGCGUUCUCACGAAUCGACUGCGUUCCCCUCGCCAACUCCCAGGCGCAAGUCCUGCUGGACUGCCAGAGGGAGUGGAACACAACGAUUGAAGGCUGGAAGAUUGGUGGCGACUGCAAUAAUGCGACCAGCGUCACCUGCGAUGCCCAAGGCAUGAUCACCGACAUAACCCUGGAGUACAACAGCUUCAGUGGCACAAUUCCUGCUUCCAUUGGCAAGCUCACAAACCUUCGCACCUUGGAUCUGUUGGAGAACGGUCUGUCUGGGCCGGUACCAUCAACAAUCGGCAAUCUUCUGGCUUUGACCAGCUUAAUCCUUAGUCAAAACAGCUUUUCUGGCUCAAUUCCCGACUCCUUCAUCAAUCUCACCAACCUUGUUUUCUUGAGUUUUUGGCGUAACAAUAUGAGUGGGCCGAUACCAACAACAAUAGGCAAACUUCCAGCGUUGACAAAUUUAAUCCUCAACUACAACAGAUUUACUGGACCGAUUCCCGACUUCAUUAGCGAGCUCACACAGCUUCGUAGCUUGGCUAUUUCAGGCAACCAACUGACUGGCUCAAUACCAGCAAUAUUAAGCAACCUGCGGUAUUUGUUGAACUUCGACCUUGGCUACAACGGCUUUAUCGGCACAAUUCCUGAUUUCAUCAGCGUCUUGACAGAUCUUCAAAGCUUAAAGCUCAUCUCUAACAAUCUGACGGGCCCGAUACCAGAAGCCAUAAGUAAUCUUCGACUGUUGAACAACUUUGAGUUGAGCAAGAACAGAUUCACGGGCUCGAUUCCUGACUUCAUCAGCUUGCUCACGGGUGUGACGGGAUUAUAUUUUCAUACAAACCAGUUAACUGGCCCACUUCCAGCAGGAAUUGGCAGCCUUCCAUUGGUUAAACUAUCCCUUCACAGCAACCGCUUAACUGGCACGAUUCCCGACUCUGUUAGCAAGCUCACCGAUCUUCGAAGCUUAUUGCUUGAUCAGAACAGGCUGACUGGCUUCAUACCACCAGCGCUAAGCAGCCUUGAAUUUUUGACAGCAUUGAGACUUAACCAAAAUGGCUUUUCUGGACACAUUCCAUCUACUAUCGGACGUAUGAGGAGCUUGACCGAGAUAGGCCUUUCCAACAACAGCUUGAUUGGAACAAUUCCAAGCACCAUUGGCAGGCUAACAAGUCUUGUUUCCUUAUACCUUGCCAACAACAGCUUGAGCGGCACGAUUCCAGACUCCAUUGGCAACCUCACAACCCUUAGUUCCAUAUAUCUCAACAAAAACAAUUUGACUGGUUCGAUAUCAGCAACCAUCGGCAACCUUCAACAGCUGAUCGACUUGGAUCUGUCUGCAAACAGCUUGAUUGGCUCCAUUCCAUCCACUAUUGGGCGCAUCAGCAGCCUGGCAUACUUGAACCUCGAAUCAAACUCACUGUCUGGUUCCAUGCCACAAUCGUUCACGCAGCUCACCAAUUUGACAGAAUUGCGUCUUGCUAACAACAGCCUGACUGGCAGCAUCCCUGAAUCCAUUGGCAGCCUUGUGCAACUUUCAACCUUGAAUCUAAUUGGGAGCGGGGUUUCAUGCCCUCCUGACAACACCCAGUGCGUGGUCGAACAAAAUCUGACAAGCGCCUUCUGCCGGGACUGCCUCUCCUUCUGCACCACUUGUGUCAAGCCAGCAGCACCGCCCCCUGCCCCAUCGUCGGUGCCCUCCACAACACCUCCACCUACACCCACUGAGUCUCCAUCGCCUUCCUCCUCCUCUCCAGCAUCCCCCUCCUCACCUGAAACACCCACCUCCCAGUCUGGAGGCGGUCUGUCAGCAGCAGCCAUUGCUGGCAUUGCUGUGGCUGCUGUGGCUGCCCUGGUGGUGCUGCUGCUGAUUGGCAUGCUGGUGUGGCGGAGAGGAAACAAGAAAGAAGCAGCCACAUCAGUCAAGGAGGGAGAGGAUGAGGUGCUGCAGCGGGAUCUCGAAGGCCUGGCUGGCAGCGUAGCAGCCUCUCACUGCACCGAGUACUCCCUUGAGGAAGUCAUGGCAGCCACGAGCAACUGGUCUGAUGGCAACCUGCUGAAAUCUGGCACCUUUGGUGAUGUGUACAAGGGCGUGUCUCCAAGGGAUGGCACCACCCUGUGGGCCGUCAAGCGAGCCAAAUUGCUUGUUGCUGACUUCCAGAGAGAGGUCCGACAGAUGGCAGGCAAGAACCAUCCCAACAUUGUUCGGCUACUCGGGUUUGCUCUUGGAGGGGACAUGAGGACACGGCCAGAGCAAGUCUUGAUUUACGAGAUUGUUCCAAACGGUGACCUUGAGAAGUGGAUCAGUACACAAGCACCCUUCCAUCUCAGCCUGAAGCAGCAGCUGGACAUCCUAAUUGGUGUUGCACGUGGCUUUGAUUACCUCCACAGCUUUAACCUUGUGCAUCGCGACAUGAAACCCGCCAACAUCCUCCUUGGGGCAGACAUGCAGGCGAAAAUUGCAGACUUUGGGCUUGUGAGGGUGGAAGAGGGCACGGAAGUGGGCACGACUCGAGUCAUGGGAACACCGGGCUAUGUGGAUCCCAUCUACUCCCGGACGUCUAAGGCAACCAGGGCCACCGAUGUCUACAGCUUCGGUGUGCUGAUGCUUGUGGUCCUCACUGGACGAAGCCCAACCUCUACAGCUGAUGGGGAGAACAGCCACAUUCUGGCAUGGGUGGAGGCCUGCCUGGCGUCCGACAGCCCGACCCGCCUCAAGGACCUCGGCAUGGAAGCCCCUGAUGAUGCUGUGCUGCGCUUGGCCCAGCUGGCUCUCAGCUGCACUGUGGAGCGCACUGCUAGUCGCCCAAGCAUGGCGGGCAUUGCCAAUGAGCUGCAGGACAUCAGGAAUGAGGUGGUGGGGAAAGAGGAGCUGAGUGCAGCGGUUAAGGUGGAUGAUCAAGCCCAAAAGAUGAAUGGCUCAUCUGCCAUAGAUGUUCAUCUGCAAUGCAUUGACAACCUCCUGGAAGGCAAUUCUUUCGAUGAUCGACCACCGACUUGACGCUCCAGUCGGCGGAAACCUUCAGUUCGAUGGAAUUGGUGGAUUUCGGCACCGGGCAACAUGUUCUACUUUCACACUGGUGAUGCAUUUGUAAACGAACAAGCAAAACGCACAAGCACUUGUUUUUUAUUCAAAACCCAGGUAAUUACUCGUCAAACAUAGGCCCUCUUCCUGUGUCUCGUAUUUCUGAAGCGUUGUAUUGCGGUUGGUUUGGCCCAAAACGGUGAGGGCGUGGACGUUGGGGUUGGCUGUCUCAAACGUUUGUAGUCUGCUGCAGUUUUGGAUCAGUUUUUGUGUAGAUUUGGUUCUCAAAGUAACGAAUUGAACUAGACUGAGAGAUACAGGGUGGUUUUGUGCUGAGGGGUUGUACUCUCUAAGAGCAUGCACCUAUCUAGCCUAAAAUAACAUA